GGGCUGUCAGCUGAAGUUGCCAGGCCACUUCUUCCGAUGACAAUAGCAGCUAUUCUUCGUCAUCCAAUCCUCUCUUUACAGAUAUGUUAAAGAAUAAUGAACUUUUUUAUAAACAAAUGGCAAGUGCACCUAAUACAAUGAAUGAUGCUGAAUUAGCAAGAGCUCUCCAAGACCAUUAUGAUAAACUUGAAGCAAUGAAUGAAGAAUUGUUUGAAAAAAGAAAGAAAGCAGCAGCUAUCCAGAGAAGACGCAGGAAACGUAUGUUAGAAAGAAUGAAUGAGGACGAGUUGAAACAGUAUCGAGCAUCACAAACUGAAGCCUGCCGCCAACGACGAAUACGUAGGUUAGAAAGAAUGACAGAUGAAGAAAGGCAAAGGGAUCGUUUGUUGAAAAAUGCAUUAUGUUUAGCAAGACGGCAUCGCCGAGAAGCAAUGAUGUCUGAAGAAGAGCGCAAAGCAAGAAGGGCAGCAGCUGCAGCAGCUCAAAGAGAGAAGCGUAAACGUAAGCGAGAGAGUAUGACUGAUGAAGAAUUGAAAGCACACAAAGCUGAGGUGGCAGCUAUUUGGCGAAUGCGAAGACACUUGAGGUAUGAGGAUGUCUGAAGAAGAGCGCCAAGCUGAGAGAGCUAAAGCAGCAGAAGCCAAAAGAAUCACCGACAGCGUCAAAAAGAUAAAGAUGGCCCUGAGGAAUUAGUAAAACCAGUUACACAGAGAAGACCACGUCGAAAAAGAACCAGAAGCCAACUUUCGCUACCAGAGAGUGAAUCAGAUGCAAUUGAGAAUAGUUAUAGUAUGGAGAGCAAUGCAGAAAGUUUAAUAUCACAAAUCCUGAAGCAAACGCAACAUAUAGCAGCAAUGGAGAGUCAGCAAGGGGAUCUGGUUCCUGCUGAUUCACUUGAGAAUCUGCCAAAAGGACAGUCUUUUAAUGAAGAAACUUACCUUUUACCCCAUGAAAUACCAGAUAAAGAGACAGUUGUAGGUUCUCCUCCUAAAGUUACAAAUGAAACUUACCUUCUUCCACAUGAGAUACCAGAUAAAGAACCAGAAGCAGGUCAGCACCGUGAAGAUGUACAAGACACAAACCAAAAAACUUACUUAUUACCACAUGAAAUGCCCGAACAGCAACAUCCUGGUAUGAGAAAUUGCUCAAGCAUUGGGCAGGUAGAAAAACAGGAAAAUUAUAUUUUAUCACAUGAAAUACAAGAACCACACCAAACUAUGAGCCCUAAUUCAAAAGUUGCACAAGGAACAAAGCAGGACACAUAUCUUUUACCCCACGAGUUACCUGAAAAACAAGAAAUUAAACAAGAGUCGUACCUUUUACCACAUGAAAUGCCUGAUCAGCAUCAUAACCAAAUUCACCAUCGUAAUGUUACUCAAAAUAUGAGGGAUGAUCGUCGCAGUGAAAUAUCAGAAGACUACCAUCACACUCCUGUUCAAGAUGUUUGUCAACCUGACAAGGUUCAGCAACUACAUCACAGAGAUAUUCGUAAUGAGGUUCAUCCUGGUGCCACCUCAUUUGUAUCAU